CCGUGACCCGUAUUUGCGUUUGUGGGUUCGCUUGUGACGCUAUAUAUUAAAUUGCGCGCGAAGAGUCACUUAAAACGUUCGACGCUUUCAACGAAAUCAGAGUUCCAGUCAAGGCAAGUGCCUAGCAUCAGUUAUUGGUUCCAAGGUUUGAGGAGACGAAAAGAUGACGUCAGAAUAUAUAAUCACUGUCGUUACGGGAAACCGCAAAGGAGCUGGUACAGAUGCAUCAGUGUCUCUUAUAAUCAAAGGUAGCAACGGCGAAACAAAACCUCUGUCUAUGGACAAAUGGUUCCAUAAUGACUUUGAAGCCGGACAGAAGGACGACUACUACAUAACCGCCAAGGAUGUUGGCGAGCUUUUGAUGAUCACUCUAAAAAAUGAUGGCGGCGGGUACAGAAGUGAUUGGUUCGUCGACCGAGUAACAAUCAAAACUAAGAACGUCACCUAUGUUUUUCCUUGCAAUCGUUGGGUAGAGAGUGAAGUCACUUUCUUUGAAGGAAAAGCUAAACUGCCCACGGAUGAGCAACAUCCUGAAUUGAAAAGUCGACGUGAAGCCGAGCUUAAGGAGAGGAGGGCACUGUAUGAGUGGGGUAAAGAUGAGGUGUAUGAGGAUCUGCCAGGCUACGUGAAAGCAUCUGGAGUGAAGAAUCUUCCCAAGGACGUGCAGUUUACCGAGGAAGCUGCCUAUGACCUUCAUCGAGCCAGGAAAAACGCACUCAUCAACCUGGGUCUUGUGCACUUGUUGAAUUUUUUUGACCAGUGGGACGACUUUGAUGACUACUGCAAGGCAUUCACUGGCUUUGUUGGAGAGGUUCCACUAGCUGCAAAAUACUGGAAAGAGGACCGUUUCUUUGGAUACCAGUUUCUCAAUGGCUGUAAUCCUGAUUCAAUCAUGAGGUGCACUAAACUGCCACCCCACUUUCCUGUCACACAGGAGUUGGUUGGUAACCUGCUGGACAGUGGGGACACUUUAGAGAAAGCCAUGGCGGAUGGCCGUAUUUACAUGGUGGAUUAUAAGAUCUUGGAGGACAUCCCGCACUACGGGCAGGACCGACCGGACCUAGAAAGGAGAUACAUGUGCGCAAGCCUAGGCCUGUUUUACGUGAAAGGUAACGGAGACCUGGUGCCGAUAGCAGUUCAGUUCCAUCAGGAACCACACCAUGAAAACCCUAUAUGGACCCCAAAUGAUUCCGAGAUGGACUGGACCUGUGCUAAGCUGUGGCUGCGUAACUCUGACACUCAAUUCCAUCAGAUGGUCACCCAUCUUCUCCGCACCCAUCUCUUCAUGGAACCCAUUGCCGUUGCCAGCUAUAGACAGCUACCCACAAUCCACCCCGUUUGGAAAUUGUUGGCCCCUCAUAUCCGAGGAGUUCUGGCCAUCAACACUCUUGGCAGAGAUGUCUUGAUAGCGGAGGGAGGAGUAGCUGAUAACACUUUGACUGUUGGCGGAGGAGGGCAUGUCACCCUAAUGAAAAAAUUCUACAAGAGCAGCAGUACCUGGCCCUCGUACAUCCUGCCACAAGUGCUAAAAGACAGAGGGGUGGAUGAUCCCGAUAAACUACCCAACUUCCACUACCGCGAAGAUUCUUUAAAACUCUGGGCAGCCAUAGCAGACUUCGUCAAGGAGAUCUUGUCUGACUAUUACCACUCUGAUGGUGAAGUGCAGAAGGACUACGAGCUUCAGAAUUGGGUCAAAGAUCUGCAUGACAAUGGCUAUCCCAAUAAACCAGGCCAUACAAACCAUGGUGUUCCGCCAUCUUUUACCAGUUGCGUCCAGCUGUAUGAAUUCUUGACCUCCAUCAUCUUCACCUGCGCCUGCCAACACGCAGCAGUUAACUUCUCCCAGAUGGACGUAUACGGUUUCCCGCCAAAUUCUCCAGCACUCAUGCGUCAGCCACCACCGACCAAGAAAGGAGUUGUGGGGCAAGCAGACCUCAUGAAAUGCUUGGCUACCAAGCACCAAUCUUCCCUCACCAUUGCCACGGUGUACGACUUGACCCGUAUUUUUAAAGACGAGAAAUUCAUUGGUGACUACCCAGAGGAGCUAUUCAUCGAAGAACCUGCCAAAGCCGCCAUUGAAGUAUUUCAGAGGAAACUGAAGGGCAUAUCCGCUGAAAUUAAGGCGCGAAACGCAAAACUUUGUGUCCCGUACCCAUAUCUUUUGCCAGAGCAAAUUCCAAAUAGUAUUGCCAUCUGAGCUUCGAAAGAAAAAGAAAACAGUCCCGUAUCCCUCGUGGAAAGACGUUCAAUGUUUUGAUUAGACAAAAUAGACUGAUUUGUUGAUUGUAGACACGAAUCUUCAAUUGUGGAAGGAGAGUCUGUCGGGCACUUAUUCCAUGCAUAUAUUCCAUACAAUAUUUGCAUACAAUAUUUGCAUCUCGUUCCUCCCUUUCGCUGUUGUUGAAGGUUGCUAAUAUUUGUGUGCGGUGUUAAUUCUGGCUCUAUGUAGGAGUUCUUGGGUAAUCAUAAACUAUACUAGUCCGGGGGUAAAUCUCUAUACGGUGGAUAGCACAGUAUGUUUUGUUAACUCUUGUCCGCUGGAUAGCGUUUUAUCCUUCGGAUAGCAUUAUCCGCUCUUUUAAAAACUAGGCCCUGGUGUGUUCAAAUAAAAAUAUCAUGGAGGUAAAGUUAA